AUGACAGCUUCGACCAAUCUGUCUGAAGGAAAGGGAACAUUCAGAAAGGACAUGGAUAUUUUUGGUUCUGUAAAGGCGUAUUUGAGAAGCAGUAGUUAUUUGGAACUUACUGGAACACUUACAAAAGUCCUUAAGGAGUUGCUGAUUGUGCCGGACAUUGCUUGCAAAGCAGUUUUUGUGGUUCGCCUCCCUCCGGGUUUUCUCAUUCUUUUGUGGGAUGUUCAUGCAGCUAGCUUGGCCAUUUACUUCCUAAAGUUUUCACUUCCCAAACCCCUCUCUCCAGCUCCCGGAGGGUGGCACCUCUUCCCGCCCCGAGACUUCGGGACUGGCUCCAGGCGUGGGGAGGGGGCGGGGGACUUUGUUCCCUCCACACGACCUUGCCCUGGGAAUUUCCUGUGGCCGUUUCUCACGGACAAGCCUACUUCUUCCGCUGGACGCGCAGACACCCACCGCCACGGGCCCCGGCCAAGCCCGAGGCCCGAGCGCGGAACGCAGCGCCCUGCCGCCCACCGCGCCCCCGCGGGAGGCCGCCCGCGCUCCCCUCGCUCCCCCUCCUCAGGUCCCGCCGCCGAGAGCCCGGAUGUUGGAUUCAAUCCCUACUCCCGGUCCUUCAUUUCCAUAAAAGGGCAGCGGCACGGCGGGGCUGAGAUUGCUGCGCCGCGGGCGCCCCCCGCCUCCCCCGCUCGGCUCCCCCCACCACCGCGCGCGCCGCCCCGCCCUCACCCCGCCCCAGCCCGGGAGUCCGCGCGGCCCCUAGCCCGCGGCGCGGCCGCGGGGGACAGUGGGGGAGGGGGCGAGGCGGUCCGGCCCGCUCGCGACUGCUCGUCCGGGCGGAGGAGGAGGGAGCAGGCGCGCCCAGCCCGAGCCGUCCGACUGAGGGGGCGGGGAGAGAGGGGUGGAGCGCUGGGAGGGAGGCUAGGGGCCGCGACGACGGGACUCCAUUAGUCGCUCCAGCCGGGAGGCAGCGCUUCGCCGGCUGAGGAGGGGGUCCGGGCGCCGCCGCCCCCUCGAGCCGCCGCCCCCCGCGCCUGUUGCCGCGCGAGCCCCGGGCCGGGAGCGCGAGGAGCGCGCGGAAGGAGCCAUGGCUCUGGACGGGAUAAGGAUGCCAGAUGGCUGCUACGCCGAUGGGACGUGGGAACUGAGCGUCCAUGUGACGGACCUGAACCGCGAUGUCACCCUAAGAGUGACCGGGGAAGUGCACAUUGGAGGGGUGAUGCUCAAGUUGGUGGAAAAACUCG